AUGGACCUGAGCAUCAAACAGCACUAUCUGGCUGACUCACCUCCGACCGUGGUCAGACUGGAAGUCAAGUCACACUUUGAUACACUCAAAGACCAAAACUUGAGAAAAUAUGCGCACUUUAUGAGCAGGGCCGCGUUUGAGGGCACUCGAGUCACCCUGCGCCAGGUCUCCCCCGAGUCCGAACCUAUAUACGACCUCAUCCUGUCACUCUACCACGCCGCCAAUGGCGACUGGAACAGCCUCGCCCAGAAAACACAAGUCAGUCCCGACGACCUCCGUUUCUUCCUCGAAUAUGCGAGUCAAUUCUUGGGCAACUGCGGAAACUAUAAGGGCUUUGGUGACUCAAAGUUCAUCCCUCGGCUGUCCGUCUCCGCAUUCGAGGCUCUGGCAUCGGCGACCGCGGAGACAAAGGCAGCUUUCCAGAAGGCGAACACCACCGGAGGAGGGAUCUACGAGACCAGCGAAGGAUCGAUGAUGCACCUCGGAUAUCCCAAGGGCGGCCACAUGACCACCUACUACCCCGAUUCGCCAACAAUCUCAAAGGAGGAAAUCACGGCAGUUGGUGACUUGAUGGAGAAGAAGGGACUUGCGUUGGAGAAUACUAGACUCCGGAAGACAUCCUCGGGUGAUUUCGAGCUUUUGAUCGCGUCUGGUGUUUCGUCGCCUCCUGUGAGGGACCGGGAUCUCGGCGAUGUGGACACAUUUGAGCUUGACGGAGAUCUGAAGGGAAAGAAACUGCGUCUUGUCUUCGGUGACCAUCAGGAGGAGAUGGCAAAGAUCGCGCACAGCAUCAAGCAGGCAGAACUUUCUGCUGCAAAUGAUAAUCAGAAGAAGAUGUUGGACUCAUAUGCUCUCUCGUUCGGAGCUGGAUCCAUCGAGGCUUUCAAGGAGAGCCAGCGCAUCUGGGUUAAGGACCAAAAGCCUGUUCUGGAGACGAACCUGGGCUUUGUUGAAACAUACAGAGACCCCCACGGUGUGCGCGGAGAAUGGGAGGGCUUCGUUGCUUUGGUCAAUCUGGAGCGCACCCGCGCCUUUGGUACGCUGGUUGAUAGUGCCGAGAGCAUGAUUCCCAAGCUGCCCUGGGGUAAGGACUUUGAGAAAGACAAGUUCCUCAGCCCCGACUUCACAUCAUUGGAAGUGUUGAGUUUCGCCGGCUCGGGUCUCCCAGCUGGCAUCAACCUGCCCAACUAUGAUGACAUUCGCCAGAACCUUGGCUUCAAGAACGUGUCUCUGGGCAAUGUUCUCAGCGCCAAGGCUCCUAACGAGGCUAUUCCUUUCAUUGCCGAGAAUGACCAGGAGGUCUACCGCUCAUUCCGGGACCCGGCUUUUGAGGUUCAAGUCGGUAUCCAUGAAUUGCUGGGUCAUGGAACUGGCAAGCUGUUGCAGGAGACAGCGCCAGGGGAGUACAACUUUGAUAUUAAGAACCCACCCAUCAGCCCCGUCACCAACAAGCCCAUUUCGACCUGGUACAAGCCUGGACAGACAUGGAGCUCAGUCUUUGGUUCCAUUGCUUCGUCAUACGAGGAGUGCCGUGCCGAGUGCGUGGCCAUGGUUCUUGGCUGCGACUUUGGCAUCCUGAAGAUCUUCGGAUUCGGCGAUGGCAAGGAAGACUUGGCUGGUGAGGCCGGCGACGUCCUGUUCGCGGCCUACCUUUCCAUGGCUCGCGCCGGUCUGGUCGCCCUGGAAUUCUGGGAUCCGAAGACCCAGAAAUGGGGCCAAGCACACAUGCAGGCUCGGUACAGUAUUCUGCGCACCUUCCUCGAUGCUGGUGAUGACUUUGUUAAGUUGUCUUACAAGAAGGAGGAUCUCUCUGAUCUAGAGAUCCAUCUUGAUCGGUCUAAGAUCCUGACUCAUGGACGUCCUGCCGUAGAGAAGUACCUCCAGAAGCUGCAUGUCUACAAAAGUACCGCAGAUAUUGAGGCUGGUAAGGGCUUGUACGACGAUAUUACCUCCGUUGACAGCUGGUGGGGAACCUCCGUUCGUGAGGUCGUUUUGAAAAAGAAGGUUCCACGCAAGAUCUUUGUGCAGGCCAAUACUAUUCUGGAGGGUGACCAGGUCACCUUGAAGGAGUAUGAACCGACCCUCGAGGGUCUGAUUCAGAGCUAUGCAGAGCGUAACGUCUGA